AUGAGUGACCUUGGCAUCCAUAAGCUUCAGCAUCUCAAGCUUGGCGUCCAUAUCCGGCCGCGCACGAGGCCCCUUACGAGAAGGCUGAGACUUCUUACUCCCCCCAUUCGUGACCUUCGGGCGUUUAGACUGUCCCCGUCCACCGGUGUCAGCUGCUGGAGCCUUGCGCUUGCCGUCCUUGGCGACGCACGCACUGCAGAUGCGGUGCUGUUCGUUGUCGCCAAACAUGCUACCGCAAUUGCCGUGGAGCCGCCCGCCACAUCCCCGAGCCUGGCUUGAAGGCUCUCACGGAGACUACGAGGACAUCGCCGAACUGUUGGCAGGACUCCGCAUCGAACCCGGAAAGCGGAUCGAGGAGGAACCGGUGAACGCGAUUCAGGGGUGGGCUACUAUCGAGGACGAUGAUGAAGUCGUUGAGGCUAUCAGACUGGAUAUGGUGGACGACAUGACGGCACAGCUGAAUGGGGUGCACGUGUCUGCCGGCCGCGAGGAGGUAGACGAACAGGAGGAGGACAGGGGCGAUGAGGACACGGGGCGUGUGCGCCGUGCCCCACCGGCGUAUGGUGAACUGUCGUCUUACUUCGGCGUCCUGGAAGCGGCGCAGAGGAGAGUGGCAACGGAGAAGUGGCUCUCUAUCUAGCGAAAGCGAAGAUGGCGAUGAUAGUAACGCAUUCCGCUACGCGGGUGCGCCAGGCGGACAUGAGAGAAUUUGUCGCGACGUAGCGAGGAUGCGGGUACAGCUGUAGCAGUAGUUGUUUUCUUGCGGUGCGCUGCCUGUUUUUUUUUGUAUUGUUUUUUGUUGCAACAUCGAAGGGGGUGCGCCAGGCAGACACGAGAGAAUUUGUCGCGACCCAGCAAGGGCGGGGGUUACAGCUGUAGUUGUGUGCUUUUUUUGUUUUUUCGUUUGGUGCGCUUAUAAAUUGUUUUGUUUCUUGAUUUUCAUUUUUCAACAUCGAAGGAGGGCAACAAAGGGUGAAAUUUAGCUUUGUACGAACGAGAGCUUUUCAAGUAGUUUGUGCCGGUCACAGCCUACUCGUGUGCAUGAUGUGUGUUUCCCUUUCGCCGUCGACUAGUCUUGGUGAGACACUGCUGUAGCCCGAAAUGCAACGAUCGUAUUUUACAAAACUCUUGUGGGCUCGACAGGGUGAAACCGCACGUGUCGCGGGAAAGAAAGUCUGCCCAGGCCUACUCUAGAACUUCACAUAACAGCAGUGUCGAUCCAUUUCGUACUA